AUGGGUAAUACAAAUAGUGGUAGUAAUGCUCCUCCAUCUCCAUCCCGUUGGCCAACAGGUGGACAAGAUUCAACAUCAAAACAAAUUCAUAUACGUACAGAUCAAGCUGAUGGAUUUUAUUUUACUGGUGAACAAUUAACUGGUACAGUUGAAAUUCCACUUUUCUAUUUUCAACAAUAUUUAAAUAAUAAAAAUAAUCGAAAACCAACUGAAUUAAUACUUCAACAAAUAAUAUCUAAUGAUAUUAUUAUAGAACUUGUUGGAGAUGCAACAUAUUCAGCUGAAGUUGACGCGGCUGCUGAUAGUGAUGGACACUCCAAACAUCAAGUUAAUGUUUGUCGACAACGUUGUUUCGUGAUACUUAAUCAAGAUAAUGAUAAACAAUCUAUACAAAAUAAUAAUCAAGCUGAAACAUCAUUUGAUCAAACAACAGCACAAACAUUAGAUACACAAACUGUACCAUUACCAACAACAAUUAAAGGAAUAUUUCAAUUACAAAUACCAGAUGCUCUACCACCAUCCUUAUACAAUAAUCGACCACCAUCAGUUAUUUAUACUCUGGAAUUAAAUCUAUCAUCAAGUCGUUAUCGUUUUCAAAUACCUAUUAUACUUAGUUCAAAAGGUUGUAUACCACAUCCAACAAUUGAUAUUGAAUUAAAUAAUAAUGCUACUAAUCAACAUAAUAUUCAUUUACAAGCUUCAUUAAUAAAAACAUUUUAUCGACCUGGUGAACAAAUACCUGUUCGAUUAAGUUAUACAAAUCCUCAACAACGUUUAAUACGUUCAAUAACAGUUACACUUAUACAAUUUUAUCGUAUACAUAAUGAUCAAUAUCGUUUACAAUUAGAUGGUAAAGAAUGGACAUUUGAUAUAUCAACAAUGUUACCACAACGAGAAUGGUUAGGUGAAACUCUUUUACAAUUACCAUAUCAACCAUUACAAGCAUCAUUUUCAAAUCAAUCUGUUGGUACAACACAACGAAUUGAAUGUGAAUUAGAUUAUAGAAUAUUUAUUGAACUUAAUGAAAAAAAAGGUGACGAUAUUCAUCUUGUAUUACCAUCGAUUAAUGUAACAUAUCAAAAAUGA